GCCCUAUAUUACAUUUUAAUAUUCCACAUCAUUUUUUUUCUCACCUAUUAAUUCAACAACCAUACAAUUUUUAUAGUCUACAAUAGUUUUGUUUAAUAAAAUCCACAUCAUACCCCACUAUUUUACCUUAUAUUUGUAUCCUUUUAUAAUUGCAUUUUUGUGAACAAAAUUAUUUUUUAUUAUUUUAAUUAAUAAAUACAAGAAAUGCCAAUUAGCAUUAUUAAACAUAAAAUACGAUUUUUUAGAAAAUAGUUUAAAAUUGAUAAUUGUUGAGAUUUGAGUAGUUAAAAGAAAAACUUGAAGAAUUUAAAGUGCUAAAAUUUUAUUAAUUGGAUCUAUUUAAUUUAAAAAAAAACACAAAAGCUAAAAAAAGUUAUAGUAAAAAUGACAUUUUUUUCUAUAUCCAACUGUUCUGUUUAAAAGUCGGGUCAUACGUACAUUUCUGGUUACGUCAUAUAAAUCAAGAAAGGUAUAGAAUAGUUUUGUUUUUAAUUAAUUUGUUUAUUUAUUCUAACUGAUUUUAAAAUCCACAUAUGAUUUAUAAAUCCAAGUAAGUUUUAUUGAUAUCUAAUCUAUCAUAUCAAUUUUAAUUAAAUUUACAAAUCCCAAGUUUUCUUUCUUGAAUUUAAUUUUUUAUUUUAUCAAAGAAAUCUACUUAGAUUCAUUAUAAAAAUAUAUAUAUAUAUUCCAAUUAUUGAAUAAGAUUUGAAUUAAAAUCAUAAAAUCGAUAAUACAUGAUUUAAUACGAAUUUUAAAAUUAUAGAACAGAUAAUACUGAAUUCCGUUUGAGCUUCUAAAUCUAGUAAAAUACAUAAACCAAUAAUCUUUCACUAAAUCAAAGUAAAAUUCAAAUAAGACAAACGAAAACGUGGAUUCAAUCCAAAGAAAUUAAAAUAAAGGGGAUUAAGCAAACGGAACAACUUGAAAAUAAGGAAACGGUUAGUAUCGAGUGAGAUUUAUAAUGAAAUAGGAGUGAGAAUACAAAUAAUUCUCAACUCAACUCAACUUAGGAAUCUAAGAGAACUGUUUCCUAACAGGAAGUGGAGUGAGAAUCCACCGACUGGUUCAUUAUAAAUAGAGAUUAAGCGAACGCUUCAUAAUCAAUACACCCUAAAGAUAACAAAUCACUAUGGAUAUUAGAUACGAAGAGCCUCUAUACGUAGAUGAACUUUCAUUGCAAACCGUCCGUGUUCUUGGCCAAGGAGCCUUCGGUUGCGUGACUCUCAAGGCUCACCCCGGCCAUGGACGUUACGCUAAGAAAACAUCUUCAAUAAGACUCAAAGAGAAUCUCAAGAAAGAGCUUAGGAUCAUGCUUGACUUCCGCAACCAUCCUCGCAUCGUUCAAGCCUCUAGUGCUCAUCUUCACUUAGGUAUGUUCCUCAAAGAUUGCUCCAUCUAUAUGGAGUAUGCAUCCGAAGGUAGUCUAGACGAAGCUAUAUCUUCUUUCCGUGGGAAACCAUUGCCUGAGCACGUGAUAGGACGCACCACUCGUAUGCUCCUACAAGGACUCGAAGCGCUUCACGUACACGGCUACGUUCACUGCGACCUCAAGCCGGAUAACAUACUCCUCUUCCCUUCAACCUCUUUUGGAGAGCCGUGGGAUGCUAAGCUCGCUGACUUUGGUUUAUCAAAGGAGCCUAACACGUAUCAUGCCUUGAAGUAUGCUGGUACGAAUAUGUACAUGCCUCCGGAGGUUUCCGAGGUUCCGGAGGGAUUGGUCGGACAGGCUCUUGAUAUAUGGUCGCUAGGGUGCGUGGUGUUUGAGAUGUUUGGAGGUAAGGCAGAGGAGAUGGAGACGGGAGGCACUUACGUGUGGAAGCUAGAGCAAGAGAUCUCUCCAGUGGCUAUAGACUUCUUGAGGCGAUGCCAUACUUGGCAUCCUUGGAAUAGGGCUUCAGCAACUGAGCUCUUGAACCAUCCUUUUAUUAUGCAAAGAGUAGUCCCUUUUCGAGUUUUACAGCCAAUCCCAUGUCCUCCUGAAAGGAAACAGUACUUGGACCGUCCUUUGUUUACACCAAGGGUCCGUGGUCCAUUGCCAACUCCGAUUGGUCCUAGAAAAAAACAAGAAGCUGAAGGUUCGGUAGUGAAAGAUCAAUCAACGGUGGAGAAGAACAAUGUUGAUAGUGAGGAAUGGUUUAUGUAUGAGUUAUGUAAUGGUUGUUAAGUUAAAACUAGAUAAGUUAUGGUUGAGCUUGUAUGCUUACUUCUUAGACAAGAAACGGCAUUCUUUGUUAGGUUAAUUUGUUUCUUUACUUGCUGUGUAAACAAACAAUUGUGAUUCUCUUAAUUUAUUACAGUUUUGAAGUAUACUACUCUGAUGAUUAACCUUGUGAGAUUAACGAUAAUUAUGUUUGUAAAAUAUAUUUUUCCAAAUCAUUUAAAAGCUCAAUACAUUAAAUAGGUUACGGUUGAGCUUGUAUGUUUACUUCUUACGCAAGAAAU